GAGCAGUUUUGAGGACUGUUAAGUGGUGAGAGUAUUUGUGGUCGUGUAGUGUCGUUUUAAUAUCGUGGUAAUCCUUGGACAUCAAGUGUUGGAAUUGCACGAUAAUGUCGGACACUGCACCUAACGUUGACGCUAAGCCUUCGCCAGCAGCGUCUAAAGCUCCAGCCAAGGGAGGAGCUGAAAAGAAGAAGCCUGGUAAACCUAGGAACUACGAUCUAGGGAAUGGCGUUUACAGAUUCAGUCGUAGUCGCAUGUACCAUAAGAAGGCGUUGUACAAGUUUAUUGGCAAGAAGACUGAAAAAAAGGUUAAACCCGUGAAACCAUUAACAAUAGAGAAGAAGAUCGGUGGUGAGAAAAAUGGAGAAACGCGAAUAGUUCUGCUUAGAAAGAGGAGAAAUUACUAUCCUACUGCUGAUAAGAUUAAGCCUCACCAUAGCAAGAAGUUGUUCUCGCAGCAUAAACGUUACACGCGACCAACAUUGACUCCAGGAACUAUUUGCAUACUUCUUGCAGGACCUCAUAAAGGCAAGCGUGUUGUGCUUCUCAAAGUACUUGCUUCUGGAUUACUGCUUGUUACAGGACCCUUCAAGAUCAAUGCGUGUCCUUUGCGUCGCAUAAGCCAAAACUUUGUGAUUGCCACCAGCACAAAGUUGGAUAUUUCAGGUGUGAAGUUGCCAGACACCAUAAAUGACAAGUACUUCAGAAGAAAUAGGCAGAAGCGUGCAAAGAAAGCAGAAGGUGACAUCUUCAACACCAAAAAGGAGGCAUAUAAGCCAUCAGAUCAACGAAAGGCAGACCAGCAGGCGGUUGACAAACAGAUCAUUGAGGUGAUCAGGAAACACCCAGAGAAGAAGCAUAUUUUUGCUUACUUUUCGGCAAUGUUUGGACUUCGCAGCAGCCAGUAUCCACAUCGGAUGAAAUUCUAAGAUGAAAUUUUGUGUGAUCCCUAUUCUGUUUCAACGUUGCAUAGAUUAAAUUUUGGGGAAAACAAAAA